AUGCCAUGGAACCACACGAAGCAACAUGCCGUACAUCGCCUCAAAGCGGAGUGGUGGGAUCCAUACAUUGAGAAACAGCCUGUGUCACCCGCAGAAGGCGAGCUGCCCAACUACACAGGUUGGCCAACUGCAGGGCCCUCAAGUGAUGUGAUGCUGCUGAAGACCCGUAGUUCCGCUGUGGCUGGCCAUGUGGACUGGGUCGGCUGGACACGUGAGGCCUAUCGGUCACCCAGCCGCAGCAUUCCAAAGCGGCGGCUCUUCUCGCGCAGAGUGCCGCCCAAUCGAUGGUGUCAAAACUACGGUUACAUUGGCACAGACGGUCAAGUACAUUGGCCCGAAGAAGGGGGUGCCUUGGUCGGUGCUGCUUGGCGCGGAAAAAGCGCCCCUGCACCAUUGUCGUCCAGGAUGGGAAGGCAACCGUGUGUUGCAACCUACGAAGUUCAAGGGCCCUCGGCCUUGUAUACUCCGCAGGCCCCUCCUCAGCCACAUGCAGAGCCACUCCAAUUCGAUGCAGCCAACAUUGGUGACCAGCAGAAGAGGGAGAGGCUGGCAGAACGGCUCCUGGAAGGGGAGAGAGUUUGGGCUUUGCUGCGCUCAGCCUAUUUGGCUGGUGCUGAGCUUGGUGACCAGGGAGCAGACAGGGCUGGCCAUGGCCCUGCAAGUGCCAAAGCUGGCGAUGCAAAGGACGAAUCUGAGCAGCCAAGCAAGGAAGGCUGGGGUUGCGACGCUCCUUUGCUCGAAGCUUCAAUCACCGUGCGGGAAAAGUUACGAGCCCUGAGAGCAAAGACCGAACAGGCGGGACAAGUCCUCCGAAAGCCUUGCCGCUCAGAUAGCACAUGGAUGAGCAUUGUAGCAUUGGUGGAGGGGAGAGUUCUCUGCUGUCUUGUGUUUUUCCAAUCUCUGUCAAACUGCUUGGGUGGUGUGGCGGAACUGCGGAACCAAAUUUAG